AUGGGGGCGCGGCUGGUCGCCACCGCUCAGAUUCGCGAUGACGCUGCCGUCGCUGCGGGAUCUCUCCAGAACUUCUCCGUCAUCAGAAGCAUUGGCCGCGGCGCUUUUGGCAAGGUUCAAGAAGUUUCCAUUUCAGAAAUAAACUUCAAGUUUCAGGUAUGUAUAGUGCAGCAGAGGUCGACGAAAAAAUACUUUGCCCUCAAGUACAUGAGCAAGCGACGAUGUAUAGAUAAGGUUCUGAGAAAAUUUUCGGUGACCACUAUAGAGUUUUGACGUUUCAUUGGCCUUUUUAAUAGUCAGAUUAGUGGCCACUUGAAGGAUCAAAAAUUAAGGGGCCACAAUAGAGCCACUAAAACUACUAUAGUGGACCGUAAGGCGCAAAUUAGUGGCUUUUAUAAAUGUGGUUUUAGUGGCCACUCGAGAGUCCUCUCUGUAGGCCUUGAGGAGCCUCUAUAGUGGCCACUAAAAUUUGUUGGUUUUUUUUUUUCAAAAUUUAAGCAGUUGUCCUUUUAUAAUCGGUUUUUCUCUUGCCGUUUGCCAUUACAAAAAGGAGAUUCAGGGGGUCGCGGCAAAUGUGAUUCGUGAGCUGACGCUUCUCAGCAAGAUUUCUCACCCAUUUAUCGUCAACCUUUGGUACACGUUUCAGGUGGGUUUCGAGUUUUUCUGUCCUCUAAAUCUUUUCUAGAGAUAAAGUUUUCCAUUUGGUAUAAUCCGGAACAAGGCCCUCAAGAAGCCAACGAAAAAAGUCGUUUUCAGGACCGCGACUACAUGUACAUGGUAUCAGACUUGUUGCUUGGAGGCGACCUCCGAUAUCAUCUCCACCAGCAAGGAAAAUUUGCAGAAGAUCGGUAUCUUCAGGCUUCAAAAUAUGAUGAAUUCUGCGUACAGGGCCAAGCUUUACAUGUGCGAAAUCGCGUUAGCCGUCGAGUAUUUGCACGAAAAGCGGAUCAUACAUCGAGAUGUCAAGCCGGAGAACAUUUUGCUCGAUGAACAAGGCAUGGCGAGGCUCCACACUUGUAACCAUUCAAACUUGAGGUCACGCGCAUUUGACCGACUUGAACCUGGCCACGCAGCUUGAAGAAGGAAAACUCGCCACUUCUUACUCUGGUUUCGUUCAUGAUAAAAAUAUGAAAGUGCGAUUUCUAGGAACCCGUCCGUACAUGGCGCCGGAAAUCUACGCCACGUUCAUUGGCCUUGCCGACGGCUACGAAGAGAAGGUGGAUUGGUGGGCUUUGGGCGUCUCGUUUUACGAAAUGCUUCGUGGCAGGACGCCGUUCGAGUUCAACUCCAACACGACGCCCGAUCAGGCAACACAUUUUUUAUCGUUCGCCAAUUUAGGCCCUUCAUAAAAGAACUUUUGUUGUUUCCUCCGAGUCAUUUAUGAGAUUUCUUUCGCGAACUGUCUAAUUGAUUUUUAGGCUCAUGUCGUUUUUCGAGAGUCUUCGAUCCCGUUUCCGGCGCACUGGCCAACGGAUCUCAUCUCUUUUAUUGGAAAAAUGCUGUCCGUAGAUCCCGACUCGAGGAUAUCAUGCCUUGAAGACAUCAAGAAAAACCCUUACACGGAGCGCAUCGAUUUUUCCAGUGUUUUCAACAGGCGAGAAAACGAUGAUUUUGUGGAAAUUUGAAGUGAAAGCACGCGAGUUUAAACCUUCAGUCUUGCACAAAGUUUUGCAGAUUAGUUGGAAGAAUGAGUUUUAAAAAAAGCGGGAGAAAGGGACUUCUUAUCAAGCAACUUUGGCAAGCUCUUUGAAACAGAGUUGGAUGAAAAUAGGGGCACUCCCGGGCGCAACAUGCCCGACUUAGUCAUCAAGCCUCUCAUUAAAACUGUUUGCUGUUUAUUGCAUCUUCAAUGUAAGAAUACAUGUGCAAUCGACUUUCAUUGGUUUAACUGUGUUUAUAGGCGACAGGAGCUGUGGCUUAGGCAGAGAAGUUGUGAAUUUGGCUUGUAGAACAUCAGGUACAAGAGAGGUCGUAGGAAGAAGUACGGUGCCGGCUUUCCAAAGGCCGAUGGCAGAGAUUAAACCUUUUCGCUGCAUGCAGCUCCCAAUUUUAUCUACCCCGGAGGGAUGAAAGGCUUGGUCGACCUCUCAUUAUAUGUACUUUUUUUCACAGAAUUUUUUUUGAGAAUCUUUUUAUGGCCGACCAUCACAUCAUCAGAAACUUUUUUUCAAAGAACAGUAGAAACCAUUUGAAAGAAGCGCUAAACCAUUAUCAAAGAUCUUCGUACUUCUUGGUUGAAAUAAAUGAGAGUUUGGUAGCAUUUAACUGUGUCAAAAGGCAACUUUCGCCUUUUUGCUACAGAAAAGUCCAUAAAAAAUAUGAAUAAAUACCUGGCAAACGAGCUUUAUUGAAAAAAAUUUUUCUUCAAGUUUUUUUCUUUUUUUAUCACAAUAAAAAAAUGAGGUUCUCUUAUGUUCGGAGUCCAAAAUGUUUUCGAAAAAAAAAACGGAGGAAAAAAAUAUUUUUUGAUGAUGUCGAAACUUGAAAAAAUUAAAAAAAAAAAAUUUCUGUGAAAAAAGUAUUUUUUGAAAGAAAAUGACCAUCGAACGGUUUCGGAACGAUUUUGAUCGUAAAAUUUCGACAUGUUCAUCAUAAUCCGUCAGAAAAAUGAUGGAAAAAAAACGAUAGCGGCAAAGAGAUGUGACCAUCAUCAUAGGCUUCGCAGGCUACCGUGCUAGCCACUGCACCAUAAUUCUAGCUGGAAUUCUGGUGGCGCAAACUUAUUACUCAGCACGGAUGACGCUUUAUUCUGCUUUUUUGCGCUCUGGUGCGAAACUGGAGUCUGCACCGUGCAGUUUUGGUGCUUUUUUGGUGUCGCACUGGUGCAGCACGCUAAAAGCACUGAUUUGACACCUUUGCACCAGAAAAUCGCCGAAAUCGCACGGUGCAGACCCCAAUUACGCACCAGAGUGCAAAAAAGCAGAAUGCACCGUGUGCCAUCCUUGCCGAGUCCUUCCAAAAGGUCUCGCCUGUUUAAGAUUAAAAUCUUUAAAAAAUCAUUCUUUUAAAACGAAGCGUUUGCGCAGAUAGCGACUAUGAGGGAUCGAUUCCCAGUCCAUCGAAGAUUGUUUGAGCAAUUUUCAUGGAAAAUUCCAAACCCUACGCAAAAAAUGACCUUCCCUGUAAGUAGGCUUUAAAAAAAAUGGUGAACCAAAACGUUUGAGAACGUUUUGGUUCCCAAUUUUCCACUUCUGCUUCGAAGUUAUUAACAAAAACUUGUUCCUGCACUUUACUUUAAAUAGAAAAAUCUCUAUCACACCAGUUCAGACCUACAAUGACCCGUUCGGUUUGCACUGCGCCGUCUCCGCUGGCCAUACUAGACCAUUUUCGAUCAUUUUUUCUAUUGAUUAAAAUCAACAAGGCUAUUUCCGACAAUAAUAGAUAAAAAAAAUUACAGAAAAAAAUUCUUUUUACUUACUGAAGACGCAUUUCCCAAAUUAGGCCGUUUUUAAGACUUUCUAGCGUUUGCAAAAAAUUAAUUUUUAAAACCUAAUUUGUAUCUAUGAAUGCUCUAACUGUGUUUAUCUUCAAAUUAGUUCAUUUUUUCGUGCAAAAAAACUCGUUAUUAACGAAGAUCUCACCCAAAAACCGCGAUUGGUGUAUGCACAAUUUAAACCUACAGUGUGCCAAUCCGGACGGGCUGAACAGAUGUGCUAUUGUUAAAGUCUUCUUGGUAACCGAUCAUUUCAGACUACCAGCACCGGUUUUCGUCCCCUGUAAAGAAGGCCUCAACUGUGAUCCCAUGUACGAGCUCGAAGAACGGAUCCUCGUGUCGACGCCGAUCCACAGGCGUCGCGGGAACACCGCGACCGGCAGGCGACAGUCUUUCGAGCCGCAGAGCGCCGCUCUUCGCGAAGUUUCUCAGGUUACAGAAAAAAAUUUUAUUCACGUGAAGUUAGCUCUUAUUUUCCAGGCGUUUGUCGACUUUUCGCGGCAAGACCCUGUUCAAAACGGGCUCAUCAAGAAAACGCGGUAG